AUGUUCGCCCAGGAGUACGGCAUCCUCGCCGCGUCGCUGCAGGACCGGCCCUUCAUCCCCGUCUCCACCGUCGUGCUCGAGGGCGUCCCGCGCGACAUGAAGGCCGUCUUCCGCCGGUGGGAGGACCAGAUGCAGCCCACGGCCGCGCUCAUGGCCGGCCGCCCCCGCCGCGGCAAGAGCUUGCGCAUCGUCGGUCUGCAGGCCGCGAUCGCCGCUACCCGGGAGAUCGGCCCUGCUGGCACUGCUGCUGGCACGGCUUGA